AUGUUGCAGCCAGCUAGCCUGGCAGGGAAACCUGAAGAAAGCAGGGUGCCUGAUCUCCUGGCCCAAGCCCCCUCAGCUACAGGCCUGUUUGCCAAAGGGCCAAAGCAGCUUCCUAGCCUUUACUCUUCUCCAGAUAUGUGGGUCCACAUCAACUUCCAACCAGACUUCUACUCCCUGGCUGGCCUGACCUGUCAGCCCCCAAACCUCAGGAAGCUGGUAUUUCUAAGUUCCUGGUGGCUGGCUGAUGCUCCUCCCCUUCCAUCCAGCUUUGGGGGCCUCAGGACAGGGUGUGGUCCUCUGCCUGUCCCAUCCAAAGCCUCAGGGAUAAAAGGUAUAAAGAACCUCAGGGUAGGGCCAGAGAGAACAGGUGCCCCAGGGACCCAGAGACAGACAGCAAAAGAAAGAAGAAGGAACAUGACCAACUCACGAGUUGUCCCCUGCCUGUUGUCUCUGCUGCUGGCACCUUUUGCCAUGGGUGCCCCAGUAUCCUUGGCUGAACCCAUCAAUCAAGCCUAUAACUUGGCCCUCUACAUGCAGAAGAAUACAUCCGUACUGCUGCAGACUUAUCUCCAGUACCAAGGCAGUCCCUUCAGUGACUCAGGCUUCUCAGCACCCGAGCUGCAGCUUAGCAGCCUGCCCCCUGCAUCUGUCCCCUUCAUGCUGUGGCGUGGCCUGGGAGACGGAGAGAGGCUGGUCCAGGCCCGGGGAGCUUUCUCAGCCCUGGCCCAGCACCUGCAGCUUGUGAGCGAUGACCAGGCUGACCUGAACCCUGGCAGCUCUGCCUUAUUAUCUCAACUGGCAGCUGCAAGGCUCCGGGCUCAGGGCCUGAUGGGAAAUAUGGCUUCUGUCAUGACUGCCCUGGGAGUGGCCAUUCCUUCUGAAGUGGACACUCUUGGCCCUGCACCCUUUGGAGCCUCGGCCUUUGAAAGGAAAUGUCGCGGCUAUGUGGUGACCCGGGAAUAUGGACACUGGAUAGACAGGGCUGUUCGGGACAUGGCUCUGCUUAAGGCCAAAUAUGUGGCAUAG